GAAGCUCUGCACCAAACUGACCGUGGUGACAACCCAGUGGAUGGAGAUCCUGCAGAGGUUGUGUCUGCACAGCAACUCUUGGAUAGCACACCGUGGCAUGGUGGUUGUCUUUAACAUGCUCAACUCAGAUGACAGUGAGCUGUCGAAGAAGCUGAUCGAGAGUGAGCUGCUGGAAAUCCUCUCAGUGAUCGGCAAAGCUGAGGACAACCCGAAGAGGCAGGAGACCAUCGAUGUUGCACGUGCGUGCCUUGUCAAAGCUAUGGAUCUUGGUCUCAUCAAACCUUUCAGCAGCCCUUCUUAAAGUGCUGCUACAAGGAAACACCAAUGGACAAUUUUCUUUAUUUCCUCUGUUACAUAUAGUACAGACUUUUUUUCUAAUGCUUUUCAACUUCAGAGAUAUUAAAGGAUUCAUCCAACCAUAUAACAUAAAGUAUUAUUUAAGUUUGUGCUAAAUCCAAACUGUGAUUGAAUAUUUAAGACUGAUCUGUUCACAUGUGUUUGGCUGGACUUGGUUUAACUGUUCAGCAUUCAUGACAAAGUAUAACAGUUUGCCAAUUUAGUU